CCGUCAGUCAUUCGCUCCCGACUUCACUGGGGAAAGGUGGCCACGAUGUUCUUCCUCCUCGGCCGGCUAGCCGAGCAUGUGGUGCGUGGAAAGACGAGUUCGUCAUCUGAAGAUGAGAGAGGAAAGGCGUCUGCAGGCAGAAAGCUGAAGAAACGGCCGCAGAGAAGGGGUCGCAGAGAGCACCGUCAGGUGGUGGGGCAAGGUGAGUCCGUGUCUGGUUUACUCUAA